GAAUCAUGUUAAAUUACAUUGCAGUUUUUAAAAUUGAAGCUCAAAGUUUUUCCAAUUUGAAUCAAAAAAGUCAAAAUGUACAAAUAUGUUUUUUUGACAAUAAUUGGGUAAUACGAGUAUGUAUACUCGAAUUUGAACAAACCCUAUUAAACAUAGAAUGACGAGUUCCCUGAGAAAUUUCUUCUGUAAGAAUGCAAUUCAGCUUCAUCUCAGGCUUAAUCUGAUCCACAGCUUGCAGAAGUCUAGUAGCAUUUGCUUCUCAAAGUACAAGCGCAACAGCGCUUCAUUAACAGAGAAAUGUAUUCUUGAGUCUCCCUUGAAUGCUGAAGACUCUAAAGCUUAUAUUUUGUCCUCAAAAGAUGUGGUGGGUGUAGGAAAGCAUAAUCAUGUGAACCGGACGUCUAGAAGAGAGUUGGAGGAGGAAAAUGGUGGUGAUUUAGGGGUUGAAAGCAGUGAAUUGUUGGAAGAGAAUGAAAAAGGCAUGUUGGAUAAUUUGAUUGACCGUGCAUCUAAACAAGAUUUGGAAAGAGUGGCAAUAGAACUGCUUGCUGCAAGAUCAUUAACAGCGGUAGAGCUUAUGAAGAAACUCCAAGGAAAGAAGUUUCCAAUUUGUUCUAUUGGUUCAGUGAUAACGGACCUAUGUGCCAGGGGUCUACUCAAUGAUGGCCUAUAUGCGGAAACUUUUACUAGAUCAAGAUGGUCUUCUUCAUGCUGGGGUCCACGACGAAUUAAACAAGCCUUGAUCAGUAAAGGAGUAAAUGAGAUGCAUGCAGACAGGGCAAUAAAACUUGUUUUCAAGGAUGGUGACAUUGGAGAAGAGCAAGAACCAGGAUCUGGUAUGUCCAAACCAUCAAUGGAUCAUCUUCUUGUCCAGGCAUCGAAACAAUGGCUACGAAGUCGUGAGAUGCUCAAGGAGACGCGGAAAUCUAGGAUCAUCCGUUGGCUUCAAUACCGUGGGUUCAACUGGAGCAUUAUAAAUUUUGUACUGAAGAAGUUGGAUUCUGGGCAUCCUUCAUAGAGAGAGUUAAUGCCACCAAGUGUUAAUGACACCAAGGGAAUCUGGUGAUUUUCAGCUUGGUAAGUGCUUCCAUGGUGGGGUUUUUAAACCCUUUUCCUUUCCAAACCUCGGGUUGACCCUACUUGACCAGCAGAUCGUUGGCGUCAUUAGUUUUAGUUGCGCAACGGAAGCUGGAAUCUCUGUCUUGUCCAGACUAACUUAGUAUGGCAUGUGAAUCUGAAGAGACCAUAUCGUGGCCAAGUAAUUCCCACGAGUGGCUGUCUAAUUCUCUCCUUUUUUUUUGGAAACUAAUGGUGCAUGGAGAGAAUGGUGCUUUAGAAUUUUUAAUCUCAAUGGUGCUUUAGUAUAGUUAAUCUCCAUUGUUCUUUAAAAACAUUUUAGAUGUAUAAUAUGAGCUCUGCUAGGUCCGUGAUCAACUCUCUCCCCCCCCCGCUCCCCACGGGCAAGUGGUUGGGUUUGUU